AUGGAUCUUCUCCUUCAUCUUCUCAUGCUUGUUUCACUAAUCUUAUCUCAAACACCAUUAACAACCUCUUCAUCUUCACCACCUUACGCCUUAAAACUAGGCUCAUCUCUCUUUGUAGACAACAAAGACGACGUCUUAAUCUCUCCAGACAAUGUUUUCACAGCCGGAUUCUACAGUGUGGGAAACAACGCUUUUUGCUUCUCAAUUUGGUUCACUAAACCGUUAUCCACCGGGUCCCACACAGUUGUCUGGAUGGCUAACCGUGAUGCACCCGUUAACGGAAAACGGUCCAAGCUUUCCCUAACCAAAACAGGCAAUUUAGUUUUACAAGAUGCAGAUCAAGAUCUUCCCAUUUGGACCACAAGAACACGCGACUUAACCGAUUCAGCCGAAUUAAAACUCAACAAUUCAGGAAAUCUUUACCUUCAAAGUAAAGAUGAAAAGAUACUAUGGCAAAGUUUCGGAUUUCCAACCGAUACCCUUCUUCCGAAUCAACCAUUAACCAAAGAAUCCAUGCUUGUUUCUUCUAGAAGCAAAACAAAUCAUUCCUCAGGUUUCUACAGGUUGUUUUUUGAUAGUGAUAAUGUUCUUAGACUUGUGUAUAGUGGACCUAAAGUGACAGGUGUUUAUUGGCCUAAUCCAGAGCUUCGAGCAUGGGAUGCUGGAAGGAGUACUUAUGGUAGUGAAAGAACUGCUGCAAUUGACACUUUUGGUCGUUUCAUUUCAAGUGAUGGUUGGUUUUUCAAUUCUUCAGAUGAUGGGAUUCAGAUUAUGAGAAGGGUCACCAUAGAUAUAGAUGGAAACCUUAGAGUCUACAGUCUGAAUGAAAACAGAACAUUCUGGAAGGUUACUUGGCAAGCCAUGGCUCAAACUUGCAUGAUUCAUGGAAGUUGUGGUGAAAACAGUACGUGUUCAAAUCAGCCAACUUAUGGUAGGAAGUGCACUUGUUUACCAUAUCAUAAAAUGGUUAAUCGAACAGAUUGGUCUUAUGGUUGUGAGCCUGAAUUUGAGCAGAGUUUAUGUGGUAAUGGUGAGGAUAGUUUUUUACACCUUCCUCAUUUUGAUUUUUAUGGGUAUGACCUAAAGUAUCUUCCGAAUGUUACCUUGGAUGUAUGUAAAGAAGAGUGUAUGAACAUGUGUAGUUGCAAAGGGUUUCAGUAUAAGUUCGAUAAGAAACAAGGGAUCUUUCUUUGUUACCCGAAAUUUCUAUUGCUGAAUGGGUUCAGCUCGGUUAGUUUCAAUGGUUCUUUGUAUCUAAGAGUCCCAAAAGUUACGUUAUCUUCUAAGACUACUAAAGCUACUCAAGAACUUGGGUUAAAUUGCUCUGGGCAUCCUAUGAUGGUGGAAUUGGAACGAGUUUAUGAUAAGAAGAAUGACAGAGGGUCUAUAAAGUUCUUACUAUUGUUCACUUAUGUAUUUGGGGCGUUAGAGGUCGUUUGUAUAAUCUACUUCUUCUACAAAACAAGAAAAUCAGUUACAAAAUCACAAGGUUAUCUCCAAGCUGCAACGGGAUUUGAGAGGUUUAGUUAUCGGGAUUUGAGAAAAGCAUCUGAAAAUUUCAGUAUGGAGAUGAUAACUGGAAGAAGCCCACAAGGCGGUGAUCAAAGUGGUGGAUAUGAAAGACGGAUGGUUAAGUGGGUGAGAGAGAAGGUUGCUGAUGGAUAUGGCGGAAAGAGUAACUGGAUUGAAGAGAUUGUAGACUCUACAGUGAAAGGAGAAUACGACAGAAUUCGAAUGGGAAAUUUGAUCAAAGUGGCUUUGCAAUGCGCUGAGGAAAUUAAGGAUGCAAGACCUACGAUGAGCCAGCACCUCCGGCAUCACCACCUACCGCCAGCACCUCCAGCACCACCGCUUAUCACCGCCAGCACCUCCGCACCACCACCUACCACCCCACCAUCUCAGUGGGUCCCACCACCUCACAUACUCUCCUUUUCACCCUCUGUUUCCUUCUCUUAUUUCGUCACCACCACCUCUUACCUAUUCCGACAAUACCACCGUAUACCUAUUCCGACACCACCAAUCACCUCUAGACCACAAUCCAGUAAUAUAUCUUACAUUUUAUUUGAAACUCUCUCAGAUUCGAACCUAGAGCUUCGUUCAGCUUCACAUGAGUUCUAG